UCUCUGUGUAUUUGAGGUGAGGUAAGGUCGGCAUCCAUGGCGGGUCAGCCUUUCCACUAACCCUCAAUUACUCGCUCACUCUUUUGCUUUAUUCCUUUUCUUUUCUCUCUCUCUCUCUAUCCGUCCUUAAAAUUAUCAUUCCAAUCCCAAUUCAUCCCCCCCUUUCUCUAUCUUCCCAUCAUCAAUCAUCAGGAAGACAAGUGAUGAAAACCACCACACGAUCUAUCUAAUUGAAAUUUUGGAAUUGGACAGAGAUAUAAUAUAAGCGAGUUCUUCGUCGUCAUCUUCUUCUUCUCCUUCUUCUUUCAUUAUUUUGUAAUACAAAAACACGGCAAUGAUUCUGUGGCACAUGUGAGAGAGAGAAAUAAAAAUAGAGAGAGAGCAGUAGCGAAAGCGACAUCUCACCGACCGCCGAAUAUUCGUUGUUCGAGCCUGUGAUUUGCCCAAUCGAUGAAGAUGACGAUGAUGAUAGAGGAUUCCUUUCUGAUGAUUUGAGAGAUUUCUGCCACUGCGAGGCUGUUGAUCUUUCCAGUUAGAAACCGUCAAUUAGGGUUUCAGAAUCAUCGCCUCAAGUUAAGAAAUGUUUAGACACUGAAAAACUUUCGAUACUAAUCAAGUGUGGACGAGAUUUGUGGAUUGGUGAUGAUGGAGAAGCAAACGAGCUUCCGUACGCUGGAGAAGCAGCAGAGUUUCAUGGAGAAGCAGAAGAGCUUCAGAGGAUUAAUGGAGAAGCAGAAGAGUUUCCGUAUAGCAAUGGAGCGCCAGCUCAGCUUCGGCGGCGACCGCCGGAGGAGCAAAGAUUCUCCCGGUAAGCGCGGCGAUUCUCCGCUGCAUCUCGCCGCUCGGUCGGGAAAUUUGGGGAAAGUUAAAGAAAUCAUUCAGAAAUCCGCCGGCGCCGGCGCCAAGGAUUUGCUGUCAAAGCAGAACGGCGAAGGCGAGACUCCUCUCUACGCUGCCGCCGAGAACGGCCACACGUUGGUCGUCGGCGAGCUUUUGAAGCAUUCCGACGUCGAGACUUCGUCUAUUCCCGCGAACAAUGGCUUCGAUCCGUUCCACGUCGCCGCCAAACAAGGCCAUCUCGAGGUGUUGAAGGAGCUGCUGCGGUUCUUUCCGAGCUUGGUGAUGACGACGGACUCGACGAAUUCGACAGCCUUGCACACGGCGGCAGCGCAGGGGCACGUCGACAUUGUCAAUCUGCUUCUCGACAUCGACUCAAACCUUGCCAAAAUUGCGCGAAACAACGGCAAGACCGUGCUCCACACGGCCUCCCGAAUGGGCCAUUUGCAAGUGGCCAAGGCUCUAUUGGAAAAGGAUCCGACCAUCAGCUUCAGGACCGAUAGGAAAGGCCAGACUGCAUUGCAUAUGGCCGUCAAGGGACAGAGCGUCGAGAUCGUCGCGGAGCUGAUCAAACCCGAUCCGUCCGUGCUGCGGUUGGAGGAUAACAAGGGGAACACGUCGCUCCAUAUCGCAACGAGGAAGGGCCGUAAUCAGAUUGUGGAAUGUUUGAUACAAAACGAGGGUAUCGACAUAAACGCGACUAACAGCAUCGGGGAGACGCCUCUAGACAUCGCCGAGAAGUUUGGAACGCCGGAAUUGGCGGCCAUUUUGAAACAAGCCGGAGCCGUCCAUUCGAAAGAUCACGGGAAGCCACAGAGCGCGGCGAAGCAGCUGAAGCAGACGGUGAGCGACAUCAAGCACGACGUAGAGUCGCAACUCCAGCAGACGCGCCAGACCGGGUUCCGCGUCCGGAAGAUCGCAAAGAAAGUGAAGAAACUCCACAUCGAGGGCCUCAACAACGCCAUCACCUCCGCGACGGUCGUGGCAGUCCUCAUCGCGACGGUAGCGUUCGCCGCGAUCUUCACCGUCCCCGGCCAGUACGUGGAGGAGGAGACGCCGGGGUACUCGUUGGGGGAGGCCCACAUAGCCAACGACACGGCGUUCCUCAUCUUCAUCCUGUUCGACAGCGUGGCGCUGUUCAUCUCUCUGGCCGUGGUGGUGGUGCAGACGUCGUUGGUGGUCAUCGAGCACAAGGCGAAGAAGCAGCUGAUGUUCGUGAUCAACAAGCUCAUGUGGCUCGCCUGUCUGUUCAUCUCCAUCGCGUUCAUCUCCCUCACCUACAUCGUCGUUGGCCCCCACGAGCAGUGGCUGGCUGUUUACGCCACCGUGGUCGGAGGCACGAUCAUGACGGCCACGAUCGGGUCGAUGUGCUACUGCGUGGUUCGCCACAGGCUAGAGGAUUCGAAGAUGAAGAGUGUUAGGAGGAACGGGACUCUUUCGCGGUCCUUCUCCAUGUCUAUGGCGUCGGACCCGGAGAUGUAUAGCGAAAGGUAUAAGAGGAUGUACGCCGUGUAGACAAGGUUAGGUAUAUACGUCGGAUGUAAGCUCGAAUUUGUCGGACGGGCGCUCGGAAGCGAACUUUCCGGAAACUUCUAUACAACACAAUAUAUAUCCCUCUCUCUCCGUAUAUACAUAUAUACUUGCAAUAUAUGUACGGUAGGAGAUCAAGAGGUUCCUAUUAGCCAUA